CAUAUAUUAAUUUCCAUUAUCAAAGUUUCACUUAUAUAACAUCUAACACUUUCUAUUUCAGUAAAACAAAAACUAUGUUUAAAUUAUUUUUAUCCAUAAUAUUGUUACAAUUAACUCAUCACAAUUAUGGUCGAACUAUUUUUCCCAUCAACGAGAAAAAUGAGAAUGACCAAUGUAUUAGUCAUAAUGGUGUCCAAGGAAAAUGUAUUCUAAUCACUUCGUGUCCUGCUUUAUCAAAGUGUCUUCAUCAACAUGAUCAUCAUCCAACAAUUUGUUCAUGGGAUCGUCAUUAUCCAAUUGUUUGUUGUCCAUCUUUUAAUCCAAGGAUUGAUCCAUCUAAUAGAACCACUAAUGAACCAACAACAACGAUAAUCAAACAUGAAUCAUCAGGAAAAUUAAAACAAAAGGUUAAUUGUGGUAUUAAACCAUUUAUACCUUCACUUUAUGUCGUUGGUGGGAAUGAAGUUAAAUCAGCUCUUGAUUGGCCUUGGAUGGCUGCUUUAUUUACUAAGCCACAAACUGUUGGAUCAUCAGCUUCAUCAAACAAUUACAAUCAUUUCUGUGGCGGAACAAUUAUCUCUGAAAAUUGUAUUUUAACUGCUGCUCAUUGUGUCCAUUCAUUUACCGGCAAAAGAAUAUCAGAACUUUAUGUUGGAAUUGGUUCAAAUGAAUUGGAGAAAACAAUCAAAUUACCGAUUAAGAAAAUUAUUCUCCAUCCAAAUUAUGUUUCAACUAAAAGUUAUUACGAUAUAGCUUUACUAAUCACUUCUAAAACAAUUACUUUCACCGAUACGAUUACACCGAUUUGUUUACCUGGAUCUUCAUUCAUCAAUUUAACCAAUAAUGUUAAUAGUUCAUCUGAUUUAAAUAAUAUUGAAGUCGCUGGAUGGGGAAGACUAUCAUAUCAUGGUCGAAGUAGCCACAAAUUAAGAUCAGCUAGAUUAGAGAUUGUACCUAAUCAACAAUGUAAUCAAUCGUAUGUUAAUCUUAAUAGUUCAUCUAUUCCCGAAGGAAUUAAAAGUGAUCAACUUUGUGCCGGAACUUCAGAGGGUGAAAGAGAUUCAUGUCAAGGAGAUUCUGGUGGACCAUUAACCAUGAGAGCUCCAUCGGAAGAUGAAUUUAAUCUCGAUGUUCAUUAUCAAAUUGGUUUAAUUUCCUUUGGUCGUGGUUGUGCUGUUAAAGAAUAUCCUGGAGUUUAUACAAGAAUCACUGAUUACGUUCCUUGGAUCGAUAAACAAUUAAAACCUAAAACUGGAAGAAUUGUCUUUGAAUGAAACGAUUAUACAAUCUCCCCAUUAAUAUAAACAGGUAUUGACAAUCAAGAUUUAGUUCUGUUGUGAUUUGGUCACAAUUUCUCAUGUGAUUCAAUAAAAAGACAAACAUUUAAUCAACUAAAUCAAACACAGCUGAUUCUUUGUUUUCUAAAUUUUUGUUGACAAGGCGAGAAAUAAAAAUAAACAACUAGAAUUGAUUGUUGGUUAAUAA